AUGCCUUCUGUAGUGUCAUCGUUACAGCGAAGUAGCCAGGCAUCGUCGUCAACAGCCGUGCGUUCAGUUACGCAGUCGUCUUCAAGUCGUCAGUCUUCAAAUAUUCCUAGAAGAGUGUUACUCAAUAAUGAGCCAGAGCCUGUUCAACAACAUCAGCAACCAUUGUGUUGCAUUAAGUGUAAGCAAUGUCAUCAGUUAAAGGUAUGUCCAGAAUUUAAGGAACUUAAUGUGCAAAAUAAGUGGACUCUGGUGAAAGCCAACCGUCUGUGCUUUGCAUGCCUUCAACGAGGUCAUGGUUUUUGUGAUUGUCGAUCUAGGCAUGAGUGUGGGGUCGACAAGUGCAAGCGUAUGCACCACCCUCUCUUGCAUCAGGCUGUCACAUCUGUUAAACCCUCGUCAUCAGUUAAUCGUUCAACUGUUCAGCCCGCAACAUCGUCUGCUACCAACAGUAAUGAGCAUUUAUUGAAUUGCCGCGAAAACCAAAACGAAUGUUUGUUUAAAAUAUUGCCUGUGGUGUUAACCGGACCCAACGGAAGCUUCGCGAUUUAUGCCAUGAUCGAUGAGGGUUCUUCAAUAACUCUUCUGGAAGAAAGUAUUGCCAACAGCCUUGGGGUCAAAGGCCGUACUACGCCACUCACGUUACAGUGGUACAAUAAAAAGAAAAUUACAGAAAAAUCGCGUGUACUCAACCUGCAAGUAAGUGCAGAGAGUCGAAAUACAUCAUAUCAGUUGAAGAAUGUAUACACUAUCAAACAAUUGGAUUUACCAACGCAAACCUUUGAACGAAAUAAUUAUAGCAAUCUUAUAAACUUGCCAAUCGCCAAUUAUUCAUCCGUCAAACCUGCUUUAUUGAUUGGGUUAGACAACAGCCAUUUGUGUGUUGCCAAAGAAAUGGUUAGCUGUGGUCCUAAUGAACCUAUCGCCAUCGCCACCAAGUUGGGUUGGGUGGUUUAUGGGCCAACAAAGGUUGGUAGUGGCCCUAUAGCCAACGUUUUCCACGUCCGUAAACAAUUUUCAUCGCAGCAGUUACACCGUUAUGAAAUGGCUAAGAAGAGAUUACUAAACGUCGAAAACAAAAUGGCCAAAGAUCCGGGGUAUGCUAAGAGCUAUAUAGCCGAAAUAAAUAAAUAUAUUAGCAAGGGUUAUGCGCAGUUGCUGACUGAUGAAGAGUCGUCGAACCCACAAAAGCUGCGUAUAGUAUUUGACGCAGCAGCAUCCGUGUCGAAUGUUUCGUUGAAUUCUGUUUUGAUGAAAGGACCAGAACGCGCACAGCCACUGAUGUCACUGAUGUUUCGCCAACGCCCACUUGCAGUUGCAGGCGAUAUACAAGAGAUGUUCUCUCAGGUCAAGAUUCGCCCUGAAGAUAGACAGUCACAACGCUUCCUAUGGAGACAUGGAGAUCCGUCCAAACGAAUUGAAGUAUAUGUCAUGACGUCCAUGAUAUUCGGAGCCGUUUGUUCACCGUGUUGUGCUGAAUAUAUUAAGAAUUUAAACUCCAGCCGCUUUGAAGAGAAAAUGCCACGAGGUGUUAAAGCUGUUGUUGAAAACACCUAUGUGGAUGACCUGGUCGCCAGUUUUGAUAGUAUUCAAGAAGCCAAUGAAGUCGAGCUACAAAAUCUAUUGAAUCAGGGAACAGAGGCGCCUCCAGACAUUGUUAGCAUGGAACAUGAGCCUAAAACUGAUAAAGUAUUAG